CUUGAUUUUAGCGAAUUUGAAUUUACUUAUUUAAUGGCUUGUUAGCAUAUUUUAUAUUUUUCAUCUAGUUUCAUUAAUGUUGCGAUGAAUCCAUCACCUCUACUUAUAUCACAAAAGCAUACUUUCCAUGCCUCAGUUGUGCCAAUGGCAAUGCCAUCCUCUCCCCACUAUCAUCAAACUGCUCUCCGCCUCAUGUGCAGCUACGGCGGCCACAUAACCCACCACGACAACAACUCCCUCUUCUACAACGGCGGCGACACUCGCAUUGUCGCCGUCGACCGCCACACUUCCUUAAAAAACCUCUGUUCUCAUCUCUCUCGCUGUCUCCUUCAUGAAACAAAACCUUUCACUCUGAAAUACCAUCUUCCCAAUGAAGACCUCGACAACCUCAUAACUGUCUCCACUGAUGAAGACCUUCAGAACAUGAUCGAUGAGUAUGAUCGUUUGGCUUCAAACCCUUCUCCUUCCCCUUCUCGACUCAGAAUGUUUCUGUUUUUCUGUAAACCAGUUACUGCUGUUUCCAUGGACACGCUUCAUCUCGAUGAUCAUGAUAUGUGGUUCGUCGAAGCUCUCAACAACUCAGGGAUUCUCUCUCGUGUUGUUUCUGAUUCUGCUGCUGUGGAUAAUUGCCUCCUUAACCUUCAUGAUAAUGAUGAUGAUGAUGAUGAUGUUAGUGCCGCUGCUGGCAUCAGUUUGCCUUCUCCAGAUUCACUUGCAAGUGAAAGCAGUAAUGAAUCUGCAAAUUCUCACUCAAAAACUGUUGUUUACUGUCAAGAUCUUGGCCAAGCUGAACAACAUGUGGACAAUAAAGGUACCACUUUGCCAAAUAACAUCAAAAGUGAAGCAUCUAAUCAAAAUCAACAACAUCAAUUUGACUAUGUUCACCGUCCUAUAGGUACAGGUCAACUACCAAUCUCAUCCUACUACCCCAUUUAUACCCCACAAUCACAUCAACAUCUUCAUCAGUACCCAGUUUAUGUAAUGCCUAUUGGACUUGGACACAAUUUACAAUCCAGUAUAACUUAUCCAAAGGUCACUCCAAGUGUUUAUAAAGCUUCAAAUAUUGCUAAUUUUAUUCAAAUACCACAGCCAAUUCCUAUAUCUCCCUCUACCAUGAAUAAUUAUGGUUAUGAAUAUGGUGGAUCUAUGCAAGAUCAAGUAUACUACACACAACAGCAGCAUGCAACUGCACCACCUCAGUACCACUCAAUGACCCCUUUAUCAGAUGUUUCAAAACAGUUUGCUAUUGACAACAUCCAGCAACAAAACAACACUUCAUAGCAAAUAUAAUUUGAUUAAGAGAAAAAUGUACAAGUUCGAUUUAUGUCAUCAUUCUGAGUCUGUUUCUAGUUUAUACUAUUUUGCUAUGAUAAUAAUCAAUCCAUGCAUAUAAGGUCUUAAAUAAAGGUCUGCAACUGCGAUGUACUACCAUUUUUUUAUGUCACAUCAAUUACAUUUGA